AGAAACUAAAAACUUAAAACCUAAAAAAGAAACCCUAAUAAAAUAUAUAUAAACUCUAAAAUAUUUGUAUCCAUUCAAGAUCUAAAUCAAACAUGGCUUCCUCAUCUCUCAAAUGUUUGUCUUCUAUCGUUGUUCUUACAACUUUCUUUGCAAUCUCAUUGAAGCCUUGUUCUGGCCACAAUAAAACCCACUGGAACACCGCCGGCAUCACUUGGUAUGGCGACCGCGAAGGUCCUGGCAGCACAGGAGGAGCUUGUGGAUAUGGUGAUGCAGUGGCAAAGCACCCGUACAGAUGUAUGGUUUCAGCCGGAGGACCUUCAUUGUUCAAAGAUGGAAAGGGUUGUGGGGCAUGUUACAGGCUUAAAUGCGACCAUCCGUUGUGCACGAAAAAGCCGAUUAAGGUGAUGAUAUCGGAUGAGUGUCCCGGCUGUACGAAGGAGGCUGUUCAUUUUGAUCUUAGUGGCAAGGCCUUUGGUGCAUUGGCCAAACGAGGCAAGGGCGAUCAACUACGCAACCUUGGAGAACUAAAAGUUAGUUACAAACGUGCAUGUUGCAAACACCCGAAGGCUAAGAUCGCUAUCCAUGUCGACUCCGGAGCAAAUCCUUACUACAUGUCAUUCGCAGUUAAGUUUGCAAACGGUGAUGGGAACUUCGCCUGCAUCGAGGUCCAACCGGCAGGAGGAAAGUAUUUGAAAAUGGAGGAAAUGAGAUCCGCUGUUUGGAGACUAAGCCCUGGUGUUCCUUUGAAGGGUCCGUUCAACAUCAGGCUUACCUCCGCGGUCUCUGGUAAGAAGAUCGUUGCGAAAGGCGUUAUCCCUGAAAAGUGGAGCCCUGGUGCUAUUUACCACUCUAAGGUUAACUUCCCCGUUCAAAGGAAGCAGAAAUGAUUUAAUUUUUCUUCCCCCCUAAACGAAUUGUAACGUUUGAAAGGAAGAGGGGUUUUAUAAACUUGUAAGGGAUAGUAAAAACUAAUUUGAAUUUUUUUCAUAUCUACUUAUGUUCUUCAUAUGGGCCUAGAGUUGUUGUCGCUCGGCUAAAAAAGCCCAUGAUUUAUAAACGGAACCCGGUUAAGUUUACCUUUCAA